AUGUCGUGGUUUUCCGGCUACACGCCGCUUUCAAACAAUGAGAACGUGACGCUGCUCAGUACACAGAGUCCAGGCAAAAUCCUCAUCCAAAUCCUCGUUCUUCAAUGUUUCUACUACCUCACAGCCCUCAUCAUCUUCUAUCUAGUGGCACUGCUAAACGGCUACGAUUUCAGUGUGGACUGGAUUUUCUCGUGGGAGCUCAUUGAGCCUGACAAUGCCAUGGGGCUUAUUUUGUUUGUCAUGUGGCUCGUGGACACGUUACUCUGUGUGUUGUUCGUCACCAUCUUGGUAGGUCGUUCCAAGUUGGCUUGGGACUUUGCCGUGACGGUGCAUGUGGUCAAUUUGGGCGUCGUUUUACUCUACACGGGUAAAUUUCCUACCAGCUUGCUCUGGUGGUGCCUCCAGAUCUUGUCUGCUGUGAUUUUGGUGACGCUUUCGACGUACUCCACGCGAUGGAAGGAGCUCAGGACCACCUUUUUCGACAACAUGUUGGACCAGCAGGAAACGGGGCAGGUCAGGCAUGAGGACAUCCCCAUGAAGGAUUUGUCCCGGCCGCAGUCGUAG